AUCGGUUGUGAUAAAUUGCGCUUCAUUCCUGGUUGUUUUGGUCAGAGCAACCCUGGUCACGCUGAGCUCAAGCCACCCCAUGAAUGUUUGACAUGACCCUUUGGCCUUUCAAUCACGGCCAGUGACUAAUUGGCUUAAAAUAUGGCCUACCCACUACUUGCACUCAUCAUUUUCGUACCCCAUUCCCAAACUACUCCAACCGAUAAGACCCAACGCCCAAUGACGCACCUCUGCCCCACUAGUCAGCUGUCGAGUUGCCAACCGAGAAAAGAAGCUCCUGAACUACGCAUGAACUUAUCUCGGCAUUCUAGGUCACUCAUGUCCAUAGAAAUGAAGUAUUGAACGGCAUGACAACAGCAUCAUCAUCGAUGUGUGUGACCCCUUCAGAUUUUCGGCGCAAUUCCGUAGUAAAACCAUUUCGCCGCAUUACCCGCGUUUCAAGAGUACUGGUAACUUUGACCACUGGCCAGGACGAGCCAUGUGAAUGGGCGGCCUAGUGGGAGUGACACCUUAUCGAGUAACCGGACAAGAUGCCUUUGAGUGAGCGAGAGAAGCACGGCAUCUCGCAGUUGCUCUCCUCGGGGUUGUUCAGCUCGUCGGACUUGGCCUCGUUGGCGCAGACCGUGACGGCGCGCCUGAUCCUACCCGAGUCGAGUUUGGAGGCCAUAUCGGCCAUUAUUUUGCACACAGACACGGCCGAAGACCUUUUAAAGCGGCGCAAGGUCAAGAAGGAGGUGCUUUUCAAAUACUUGUCCGCCAAUCGCGUGGAGGGUGUGACGGCGCAAUCUGAUAAGGCUGAGAUCGUGACGCACGUUCUGCAGUUCUGGCAGAGCCCACGCUUGACCAGCGCGCCCAGCGCGGCCAGCGUGGCUAGUUUGGCUGGGCUAAACGAGCCGGAAGAUAGCUUGCCCGAAGCGCCGGCGCCCUCGCGUAAUACCUCGUACUCCUCCUUGUGCAGUCUUAACUAUGACGGGCUGGCGCCCGCCGGCCCGAAUCUAGCCUUUGUGCUCAAUCGGCGUGCCGGUAGCUGCACUGGCAGUGGGGAUGUCAUGUGCAUGAUGGAUGAGGACAGCGGGGGUAGCUCACCGCCUGUGUUUCAAGCAGCCGGUCAUUCAGGCGGAGGAACCGCAGCUAGUAGUUGUUAUGGCAGCGGGACGGAGAGUGGGGCCAGUGGGUCGCCCCACUCCUGUUCGCCCAACGGGGGGCCGCUUAACGGGCUGACCGGCGCUGCUAUGGCCUAUGGACCGACUUCCUCAGAGGCCCAAGUCCAAGACCUGGCGCACACGUUUGUCAAAUGGUUCUAUGAUUCGCUGAACCAGUCCCUGGCCUCGCCUCAGCCCUCGGCCUCUUUCCAACCCGAUCACUUCUUCCCAGAUGCCUCGGCCAAGAUCUGCCUCAUGAACCAAGCCACGAGCCCGCCCAACGGCGCUCAAGCCAUCACGCCCGAAGUGAUGCACAUCGCUCAGGAUGGAUCCGCCGUCUGCGGCGCCAUCCUGGACAUCAGUGCUCGCUUCGGGCUGACCUACAAUCCAAAUCUUUGCUCCGAAGGCGUGCGCGGUCUCAUGGACCCGCACGGUCUAGUCAUCGUGUCGGUAUGCGGCACUCUUCACCGUGAGGCCUCCUGUUGCGGCACGUUCCACCACCAAUUCGGCUUGGUCCGCGACCUGUCGUUCGGCAACAACUGGAAGAUCAAGUUCAUGCACGCCCUCCUAACGGCCAAAACGGCUGUGGAGCAGCUGCCCAUCCUCGAGCAGUUCCCCCUGGCCUUGAACUCUGAGCGGGAGCUGGUGGCGGCCACGUCGUCCAGGUGAUACUAGGGCAUCCAAGCCUACUCAUGCCCCAUGCCCAUCCAUGCUCCCAUGCAUGUGACGGAGGGAAGACUCCUGCGGUGCUGAGGAACGACGGAUUGUGAUACAAAUGAUGAUGAUGAUAAGAAUCGAACCAGCCGACCAGACGCCGGAGCAGCUAUUAUUUAUACAUGUAGGAAAUUAAAUAAUAAACCAGUGACAGCAAGAG